AUGGAGGAGAUCGGGUGCUUCCUACCUGUUCAAGGAAGGACUUUAACCCUGCAUGGAAUGAUUGAUAGUACACUUGACGUGAAUAUUGUCACCCCACAAGGCAGCAGAAGACUUUCUGCCUUUAGUCCGCCGACACACACCGUCCAGCCUCUCGGCAUUGCUGGCAAACAUGGUGGACCUCCAUAUACUGCCAGAAGUCGGAUUGAACUUUGUGUUUACUCCCAAAGACUUGGCGGGAAAAGUCAUUCUGAAAUGUUCUAUCUCGUCGACACGCCACCCCCUGGAUACCAAGAGCACUGUGAUGUGAUCUUUGGACGAGGCUCGUUCAUACAUAAAAUUCUCAACCUGGAAGGCAGCCAGGUCGCUCCAAUCGGGCUGCCACCGCUCACCCCAGGUUGGUGUUUUGUCCCCCAGAAGACAUGGCUCCGUUGAUUACUGACUUUGUCCUACCUGCCGAUCCAAUAGCGGAGGAACAGGCACUGGCAGCAGCGGCAGCAGCUGAACGACAAAAAUUAGAAGAAGAAAGACGGCAGAUAGCGGAGCAGCAGCAACGGGAACGGGCCGCAGGGCGACCCCGUUAGCAGGGAUAUUCCUUCAUAUGGUGUCUGGUACGAGAAUUUGAGGGAGGGCCAACUAUGUAGCACUCCCCCCUCAGCCCCACGCAUCAAAUCAAAUCAUGCCAAAAUUUUCUGUCAAGCCACCCAACCAAUAAGUAAUUCAUGUCCUUAUACGCAUUAUCAAUAUCCUUGGUUGAUACAAACCGGGGAAUCCAAUCUCUUGAUGGGUCUCGAUAUUGGAUCAUAUUAGUGUUUUAAUAAUGCGCCGGGGUGGGCCGCGCGCAAACAUAG